CUUGUUGGCUCCUUGAGGUUAUUAGGUGGAGACGGAGCAUCAACAUUUUUAGUUACUAGUGCCAGGUUCAGCCAGCAUGCAGCUCAACGCCUCUGCCAAGGAGGGGGCGCUCGGCCGUGCGAGCAGCACGCGCCGCGUUCCAAUCGCAGCUCUACGCAUUGGUGGCCGCACGCGGAAGGUCGUUCAGUGCUCAGCCAGCUUGCAGUAUGGCUUCCUGGGCCAGCGGGUGGCAGGUCGCGUGGCAGUGCCCACCGCCGCCCGCAAGUCUGGCCGCGCUGGUCGCCUCGUUGUGAAGAGCAUGUUCGAGCGCUUUACAGAGAAAGCUAUUAAAGUUGUCAUGCUGGCGCAAGAGGAGGCCCGGCGGCUUGGCCACAACUUUGUGGGGACGGAGCAGCUGCUUUUGGGCCUCAUCGGCGAGUCGACUGGUAUUGCGGCCAAGGUGCUGAAGAGCAUGGGAGUCAACCUUAAGGAUGCUCGUGUGGAGGUGGAGAAGAUUAUUGGGCGCGGCUCUGGCUUUGUCGCGGUGGAGAUCCCCUUCACACCGCGCGCUAAGCGAGUGUUGGAGAUGUCGCUGGAGGAGGCUCGCCAGCUGGGCCACAACUACAUCGGCACGGAGCACAUCCUGUUAGGCCUGCUUCGCGAGGGAGAAGGCGUUGCUGCGCGUGUACUGGAAACUCUUGGUGCAGACCCUGCCAAGAUUCGCACUCAGGUCAUUCGCAUGGUUGGAGAGAGCCAGGAGCCGGUGGGUGCUGGCGUGGGCGGUAGCCAAGCUCAGGGCUCGAACAAGACUCCGACUCUGCAGGAGUAUGGCACGAACCUUACCCAGCAGGCCGCAGAGGGCAAGCUGGACCCGGUAGUGGGUCGCAAGAAGCAGAUCGAGCGUGUGAUCCAGAUUCUGGGUCGCCGUACGAAGAACAACCCCUGCCUGAUUGGUGAGCCCGGUGUCGGAAAGACCGCCGUGGCUGAGGGCCUGGCGCAGAAGAUUGCCACCGGCGACGUGCCCGAGACCAUUGAGGGCAAGCAGGUCAUCACUCUGGACAUGGGUCUGCUGGUCGCGGGUACCAAGUACCGUGGUGAGUUCGAGGAGCGCCUCAAGAAGCUCAUGGAUGAGAUCAAGCAGAACGAUGACAUCAUCCUGAUGAUUGACGAGGUGCACACGCUGAUUGGCGCCGGCGCAGCCGAGGGCGCCAUUGACGCGGCUAACAUCCUGAAGCCGGCACUGGCGCGUGGAGAGCUGCAGUGCAUUGGCGCCACCACCCUGGACGAGUACCGCAAACACAUUGAGAAGGACCCCGCCCUGGAGCGUCGUUUCCAGCCGGUGACGGUUCCGGAGCCCACGAUUGAGGAGACCUUUGAGAUUCUGCAGGGCCUCCGGGAGCGCUACGAGACGCACCACAAGCUGCGCUACACGGACGAGUCGCUCAUGGCGGCUGCCAAGUACAGCAGCCAGUACAUCAGCGACCGCUUCCUACCGGACAAGGCUAUUGAUCUGAUUGACGAGGCCGGCUCCCGCGUCCGUCUGCGACACAUCCAGCUGCCCGAGGAGGCUCGCGACCUGGACAAGGAGCUGCGCCAGGUCACCAAGGACAAGGACGCGGCGGUCAGGGCUCAGGACUUUGAGAAGGCCGGGCAGCUGCGGGACCGGGAGAUGGAGCUCAAGGCCAAGAUCCAGGCAAUUAUCGCGGGCGCCAAGGAGGCCUCGAAGGCGGAGGCGGAGAGCGUGGAGGGCGGCGGCCCCGUGGUCACGGAGCAAGACAUCGCCUCCAUUGUGGCGCAGUGGACGGGCAUUCCCAUCGAGAAGGUGUCGUCCGACGAGACGGAGCGCCUCAUCAAGAUGGAGGAGGUCCUGCACGGCCGUGUCAUUGGCCAGGAGGAGGCGGUCAGCGCCAUCAGUCGCGCCAUUCGCCGCGCUCGCGUGGGCCUGAAGAAUCCCAACCGGCCCAUCGCCUCGUUCAUCUUCGCCGGACCCACCGGUGUCGGCAAGUCCGAGCUGGCCAAGACGUUGGCCAACUAUUACUUCGGCAGCGAGGAGGCCAUGGUGCGCCUGGACAUGUCGGAGUUCAUGGAGCGGCACACGGUCUCGAAGCUGAUUGGCUCGCCACCAGGCUACGUUGGCUACCAGGAGGGCGGUCAGCUGACGGAGGCGGUGCGCCGGCGGCCUUACACUGUGGUGCUCUUCGAUGAGAUCGAGAAGGCGCACCCCGACGUGUUCAACAUGAUGCUUCAGAUUCUGGAGGAUGGUCGCCUGACUGACUCCAAGGGCCGCACCGUCGAUUUCAAGAACACGCUCAUCAUCAUGACGUCCAACGUGGGCGCGUCCGUCAUUGAGAAGGGCGGCCGCUCUAUGGGCUUCUUCCUGCGCCCUGAUGACGAAGACAUGGAGCAAGACAUGUCGUACAGCCGUAUCAAGAGCCUCGUGAACGAGGAGCUCAAGUCGUACUUCCGGCCCGAGUUCCUCAACCGUCUGGAUGAAAUCAUUGUCUUCCGCCAGUUGACCAAGAAGGAGGUCAAGCAGAUUGCGGAUAUCUUCCUCAAGGAUGUGUUCAAGCGCGCCGAGGAGAAGGGCAUCAAGAUUGAGGUGACGGAGAAGUUCAAGGACAGGCUCGUGGACGAGGGCUUCAACCCCACGUACGGUGCCCGUCCAUUGCGUCGCGCCAUCAUGCGUCUCAUAGAGGAUUGCCUGGCGGAGCGCAUCCUGAUGGGCGACAUCAAGGAGGGCGAUGUGGUCAUCAUGGAUGUGGACCCAGAUGGCUCCAUCGCGGUGCUGGCUGGUGACAAGAAGAUGCGUGCCGAUAUCGACGCUGUGCCGGCGGGCAUUGCCUAAUUUGGAUGGCCCCGAGACUGUCGGGAAGGGCUGGGCAAUCAAUCGUGUGCAAACGGUACUGCUUUGAGAAGUUUUAGAAGGUUUGCGCCUUGAAACACCCGUCGUUUGGUUUGGUGUGAGGAGGAGGUUGGCGGAGUCGCCACGUAUGUAUGUCAGGAGGCAAAGAAUUUCGUGUGCUGCUGAUUACGGACGGAAGCUAUAGGGCGCUGGGUGCUGUAUGAAGCUCUGGUUGCGGUGUGGAUGUUACGUAAACGUAUUUAUAGAGUGUGACCGUGAUGGUGGAGAGAAGGGUAAGUGGCCGUGUUUGUUGCGGGUUGAAGGGUUACGAGAGUUAGCUUAGCAGCUUGUUUGUAUGAUGUGUCUGUUGUUAAGGGCAGACGCCGACGCCGAAGCUGCUCCAGGAGGGAUUUCUUGUCGCCGUGCGCAAAUGCGCGAGGUGGCUGCUGAUUCAGCUGGGGCAUGGACUUCAUGCAACAUGGUGGUGGUAUGGUAUGGCGGGUCUCUGGUGGGGUUGAAACCCUUUUAACCCUCCGUCCUACCGCCGUGUCUGAUUGCGCACGCGGUAGUUAUGUCUGUGAGGAGGGUCAGGCUCCGGUCC